CCGCCCACCGCAGUCCCCGCCGCCCACACAGGGAGGAGGUAACCGUCGCGCGCGAGGGUCUGCAGGGCAAUGAGUACCGUCUCCGGCCGUUGUCGCAGGGCCCGAGUCUCCCGCCUGGUCUCCUUCAGCGCGACCCACCGGCUCCACUGCAAAUCUCUGAGUAAUGAAGAAAACUUGAAACUGUUUGGGAAAUGCAACAAUCCAAAUGGUCAUGGGCACAAUUACAAAGUUGUGGUGACAGUACAUGGAGAGAUUGAUCCUGUUACAGGAAUGGUUAUGAAUUUGACUGACCUCAAAGAGUGUAUGGAGGAGGCUAUUAUGAAGCCCCUUGAUCAUAAGAAUCUGGACCUAGAUGUGCCAUACUUUGCAGAUGUUGUAAGCACAACAGAAAAUGUAGCUGUAUAUAUCUGGGAAAACCUCCAGAAAUUUCUUCCUGUGGGAAUUCUUUAUAAAGUAAAAGUACAUGAAACUGACAACAAUAUUGUAGUCUAUAAAGGAGAAUAGCCUUUAGGGGUUAAUACUAUAGAAAGAUAUAAUUUCUUUCCAAAUUUGAAAAAUAUCUUUAUUCCCUUGGACUAUUAAGAAGUCAUCACAUAAUUACUGCAUUUCCACAUUGUGUUCUGGAAUGCCUCAUUUUUUGAAAUCAUUGUGAGUAAAACGUUUUAAAUUCAAAUUUAUUUUAAAGCCAAACAUGUAACUUACCCUGAGUAUCAUUUAGAGAGUCUGUUUUGUACAGAUAAAAAUCACUUCAUUUCAGCCCUAACUGGUGUGGCUUGGUUAGACAUUCUCCUGCAAAGCCAAAGGCUGCCAAUUUGAUUCCAGUCAGGGCACAUACCUGGGUUGUGUGUUCAGUUUCCAGCCAGGGCGCAUGUGAGAGGCAACUGAUCAAUGUUUCUCUCCCUCUCUCCCUCCCUCUCCAUCACUCAAAAAAAAAAAAAAAAAAAAAAAAUCACUUCAUUUCAGCAAAAUGUUUUGGUGUAGAAUUGUUGAAAGCAGAAACAUUUUUGUUUUACUUAUCUUGUUUUUAGUAUUCAUUAUUUUUCUGGUCUAAUAUAAAUGGCAGAGGUGUUGAUAAGACUUACAGUAGGCGAAUCUUCUGAAAAAUUAAAAUAGAGGUAACCACAAAGUCUGGAAACAUAUAUUUCUGAAUAGAUUGAACUCUUUGAUUACUUCUAGGAUAUGCUAUAGGCACAAGUUUAUUCAAUGAAAAUUAGAAACACCGAUCAUCUGAGGCAAUACAUUGUGGAUAGAUACACAAGGAUUAAUGAAAGUGCUACUUCAGUGCACAUUGUUCAUUGCAGUUUUGGAUAGCUUAUUAUUGAAAUGUGCAUUGCUAAUGAGGAACAGCACAUUGAAUGUCUCAAAGAGUAUCAGUAAACUACUUAUUAUGUAUAUUUGUUCAUGUUUCCAAACCUUAUGGCCAUUUGAUGAAUUUUAAUUCAGAAGACAAAGCAGGGACCACAAAUUGUUAUUAUCAUGUUAAUUAACUGUUAAUGGUCCUAUACUCACCUAUGUAAAAGAAGUUUGUGUCCAUUUGUUUCACUUUUUAUGUAACCCCAGAGAUUUCCAUGCUUUGUUUUCUCCCUCCUCCCUAAUGUAUCACCAAUGAAUUUUGUGUAACCCCAUUACCCCAUCUCCUUUGAUUGUAAUGUAUAAAAUAAAGUGCAAA